AUGUCUCUCAAACGCAAGGCUUCUUUUCCAACAAUCACCGCCGUCACUCCCUUCAGCCCCGAGGCAGUCGUGGUUGAUGACAUACCACGGCAUCUUAACAGCCGGACGCGAAAACGCUUUCGGAACGACCGCCCUGACGACCAGACUGUCUACGAAAACACGCUGCGUCUGCUCUUCUCAGCACAGAAAGAGCGAGUCUCAUCGCCUUCCCACGAUGAAUCCAUGUCGCCCAGUCCGCCACCGUCAGAACCCGAACCCAUUGAUCCGCGUCAGCAGACAUUGCGCAAAUUCUUCAAACCUGUCAAAGCGUCUUCCUCAUCAAUGCGCACCGAUUGCCAGUCGCAAAACAAAGAAAACAGCCCUUCAAUAGACGCCAGCUGUGAGAGCCCAACGGACAGCGGGUCCGAGACUUCUCUGUCUGGGGAAAUGGAAAUGGACGUUGAGAUGGACAUGGACUGCGCGGGGCAAGAAUCCUCUCCGGACGCAAAAAGAUGGAAAGGGGGUAUCGGAUGGAUGUGA